CAUUGUUUUAGUCUUCCAUUUUUUUUCAAAUCUUUCAUCAUGAAUCAGUUUUUCAAAAACUCAAGAUUGGUUCUUGGGAUUUUCAAUUCCAUUAAAAUCCACUCAAAAACUACAAAAUUGACUAGGGAAUUUAGCAAUCUUUCUGAAUCUUGGAAAUCAAUGGAGGGUUUUGUUAAAUGUAGUGCAAAUUUUGAACCAUUGACACCUUUAAGUUUCUUGGAAAGAGCAGCUAAUGUUUUUAGGGAUACAACUUCUGUUAUUUAUGGUGAAAAAUUGAAGUAUAAUUGGGAACAAACUCAUAAUAGAUGUGUUAAACUUGCUUCUGCUCUGGUUCAUUUGGGGAUUUCUCAUGGUGAUGUGGUUGCAACUCUGGCUCCUAAUGUACCGGCAAUGCAAGAGCUACAUUUUGCAGUACCGAUGGCUGGAGCCGUUCUUUGUACAUUAAAUACACGCCAUGAUUCAGCUAUGUUAUCGAUACUUCUGAUGCAUUCGGAAGCAAAAGUCAUAUUUGUGGAUCAGAAAUUGCUCGAAAUUGCUCAAGGAGCAUUAGCUCUCCUUGCUGACAAGAAACAGAAUCUACCUCUUCUUGUUGUGAUCUGUCAAACUGAUGAAUCCUCUGCUGUUGAAAACUUAAACCCUCGCGAUCACGAUUAUGAAAGUCUCCUAGGAAGUGGGGAUAGCAAUUUUGCUAUAAGAUGGCCGAGAACAGAAUUUGAUCCUAUUAGUAUUAACUAUACUUCAGGUACAACAUCGCAACCCAAAGGAGUUGUUUACAGUCACAGAGGUGCGUAUCUCAAUACCAUCGCCACUUUUUUGCUUCACGAGAUGAGUUUGUUCCCUGUUUAUCUUUGGACCGUUCCAAUGUUUCACUGCAACGGUUGGUGCAUGGUUUGGGGGCUUGCAGCAUUGGGUGGCACGAAUGUUUGUCUUAGAAAUGUCUCUCCAAAAGGCAUAUUCGAAAACAUUUCGUUGCACAAAGUCACACAUAUGGCCGGGGCACCAACUGUCUUGAACAAGAUUGUGAACUCGCCCCUGUGUGAUCUAAAGCCACUCCCUCAUAAGGUUAAAAUAAUGACAGGUGGUUCACCGCCUCCUCCACAAGUUAUUGCCAAAAUGGAGGAGCUAGGAUUCGAAGUAAAUCACUUAUACGGACUAACAGAGACAUACGGUCCAGGUACGUAUUGUUUGUGGAAGCCCGAGUGGGAUUCUUUACCUCCUGACGAAAAAUUUAUACUGAAAGCAAGACAAGGAGUACAACAUCUUUGUUUAAAAGAAGUCGAUAUACGAGAUUCUACCACCAUGGAAAAAGUGCCUGCUGAUGGUAAAACAAUUGGAGAGAUCAUGUUUAGAGGGAACACAGUAAUGAGUGGAUACUUAAACGAUACGAAAGCAACAGAGGAAGCUUUUAAAGGCGGAUGGUUUCACAGCGGUGAUCUUGCUGUGAAACAUCCUGAUGGUUAUAUAGAAGUUAAGGACCGGUUGAAAGACAUUAUUAUCUCCGGUGGAGAAAACAUAAGCACGGUUGAGGUGGAACGAGUUUUGUAUAGUCAUCCAGCAGUUGUUGAAGCAGCAGUAGUCGCAAGACCAGAUAACCAUUGGGGGCAAACACCUUGCGCGUUUGUGAAGUUGAAGGAAGGAUUGAUUGUUGACGAUCAAGAAAUCAUCAAUUUUUGUCGAGAUAUUUUGCCUCAUUACAUGGCACCUCGGACAGUCAUAUUCGAAGAUAUCCCUAAAACUUCGACAGGCAAGAUACAGAAAUUUAUCUUGAGGGAGAAAGCGAACGCGUUGGGUAGUCUUUUCUAGAGUGAAAUGAAGCAGCAGAACUUGGCUUUGCUGAAAAAUCUUAGUAUCAAUGUGUUGAUAAAUGUAUGUUUGCAUUGUUCUGCAAAAUGUUGGGACAUGCAGCUGAACAUGGGAAUUUUCCCUGUCUGAGCACUUGAAAAAAUGAAAUAGCAAAAUUCGAUCCAAUUUAUCAUAAUUGAUUAGUUAACAUGUUGGAA